UUUACUCUCAUCCAUUCACACAUAGGGAACAAAGAAAGAUGAUGAAUAUUUUCGCUAUUACUCUUGUAUUAACCACACUUGUAACAGCAGGGGUCUUUUCUCCAAUCCCAGAAAAGAAAGAAGAAGUUAUAGUCAAAGAAGGUCAUAGAGUUGUAGUUGUUGAAUAUGAACCAAAUGAUGGAAAUACCAAGGUCUCAAUUUCCCCACAAGAAACAGACCAAAAAACAACAGCAGGGGUUGUUUCAGGUGUCAAAGAUAAAAUAUCAGAUACAGCAGAGACAGUUAAAGACAAAAUCAAAGAAGCUACAUCGUUUGGAGAAGAAGAAGGAAAAGAAAAUGGUGGGGUUCAUAAACCAACUGCUAGAGAACUUGUUUGUGAUGCUUUUGGGAAGUGCAAACAUAGGAUUGCAAGUGCACUAGGUGGAACCAAAGACACUGUUUCUGGAAAGAUGCAUGAAACUGAAGAAGAUGCAAAAGAGACUGUUGAAAAUGUUUACGACAAAGUGAAAGAUACAGUUGUUGGAAAAGCACAUGAGGCUUCAGUAAAGGCAAGUGAAGUGAAAGAAAAAUCCAAAGAUGUUGUUGAGGACAUAGUGGAAGAAGUAAAAGAAGGUGCUAAAGAGACUGCUGAGAAAGUGAGAGAAAAAGCUAAAGACGUGGGCGACAUAACAGGGACACUGAAGGGUGAUGUGAAGAGAAAUGCUUCACAAGAUCUUGAUUACAUAGAAGAAAAAGCGAAAGCAGCAAAAGAUGCAGUGAAAGAAGAUGCAAAUAGGCUUAAAGUGGAAGGCAAAAGGGAUAAUCAAGUAAUUCGGAGGUUCUUUUUUUAUGUGUCGGAAUACAUCGUAUCAGACAAGAAUUUUAGAUCUUUAAUGGGAAUGGUUCAUUUUCUUGGCUUUGCAUUGGCUUAUGGGGUGUGUAUUUGGGUGACAUUUAUCUCGAGUAAUAUUUUGGCAAGAGCAAUGCCAAAGCAGCAAUUUGCGAUGGUACAGAGUAAGAUUUACCCUGUUUACUUCAAGACUAUGACUUAUGGCGUCGCCACAGCGUUUUUCGGCCAUUUCAUGAGCCAGAGGCAUCGAUAUUAUUAUGCGAACAGGGCUGAAACAAUCCAGGGUUUCCUUUUUUUGGCCUCAAUAUGCACGAAUUUGAUCAACUCCUUCGUCUUGGAGCCUCGAUCCUCCAAGGUGAUGACGGAGAGAAUAAAACUGGAGAAAGAGGAAGGAAAAGGAAAAGAUAUAUUUAGCGUAGAACCAAGCACUUCAAGUGUGGACGCCCUGAAAGAUCCAACAGGAAUAAAAUCAGGCAAAGAAGCAACAAGUAGUGAAGGACCUGCAGAAACACACCAAGAGUUGUCUGAGGAAGCAGCAAGAGUGAAACCUCAAGUUGAGAAAUUGAGUCAGAAACUAAAGAAGUUGAAUGUCGUCUCAUCUUUUUUUAAUGGACUCACACUAAUGGCUCUUAGUUAUCACCUUGUUCACCUAAGCCAAUUAGUGCAUGCCACCAGUUAUUAACACAGCAAAGCUCAGACAGAAGCUCCUCUCAGCAACAGCAAAUCUACUAGUUAUGAUUUUUUUUUUCGUCCUUUCUUAAGAGUUAUUCUUGUACUUCAUUAACGUGGAAUCUGAAUUCGAACUGUCCGUAUCGGUGUGAAUUUGUGAUUUGAAGUAUAGUUUCCAUUAGUUUUUUAAUAUCU